AGCAAUAAAGAAGAAGAAGAACAAGAAGAUGGGGAACUGUUUAGUAAUGGAGAAGAAAGUGAUAAAGAUAGUGAGAAACGAUGGGAAGGUACUUGAAUAUAGAGAACCCACAACUGUUCGUCACAUCCUUACGCAAUUCUCUGGUCACUCUCUCUUUGACAACAACAGUACUUGUCAUCUUCUUCCCGAUGCUAAGCUUUUCUGUGGUCGUGUCUACUAUCUUGUCCCUACAACAAUGAAAAAGAAAAAGACCAAAAAAGUAACGUUUGCGGAUCCUGAGGUGGAAGAAGAUGCAAGAGUACUAAGAGAAGAAGUUUUUGACACUUGUGAAAGCAACAUCGAUGGUGGUGACAAUAAAAACGUGAGUGUUAUGAGAAUGAAGAUCGUUGUGAGUAAGCAAGAGCUGGAGAAGCUGCUCCAAGGAGGGUCGGUUCACGAAAUGGUGUACCAGACUCUUGAGAAGCAAACUUUGCUUUCUGAUGAUGAUAAUCUUGAAUGUAAUACAGGUUGGAGACCUAUGUUAGAUGGCAUACCUGAAAUCUGAAUACUCCCACAAGAAUAGAACAGAUAGAUCAUAGAUAAUAUAUACAAAACAGUCUUGAGUUUGUUCAAGGACAGUUGUUUUUGAGGUUUUGUUGUAUAUAACCUUUGAAGCUAUGUUAUCAAUAACCAAUAUUAUAUUAAUGAUGACAAGUUUUUUUCUUUGUAU